UACAAAUGGCUGCCAUGGCUGAUGAUGUUCCGUCCGAAAUGAGAACCGUUUUAGCUGACUAUGAUGAAGCUUUUAACAACGCAGACAAAGCUUUAAAGCCAUUGUUGGAAACACCACACAGUGAAAUCCAAGAAGUCGUGUGUGAUCCGUUAGACAAAGCCAAGAUUGAUCUUGUAGCUGCCUAUGCAAUGAACGCUAUGUUUUGGAUCUAUUUAACAAUGCAGGGAGUGAAUCCAAGAGAACAUCCAAUAAAGCAAGAAUUAGACAGAAUUCGUAAUUAUAUGAACAGAAUCAAAGAUAUUACUGACAAGAAAAAAGCUGCAAGACUUGAUAAAGGAGCGGCUGCCAGAUUCAUUAAACAUUCAUUAGCAGCUCCAGAUAAAGACCAAUCAAAGCCUAAAGAGGCAAAGCCAUCAGGUGUUAACAAGAGAAAACAUGAAGACAGGAGUAAAAGCAAGAAGAAAAAGAAGAUACAAUGAGAAUGAUGUUUUAGAGAUCUAAACCAAUUAUUUUAUUGUACUGAAAAAUACUUUGAAUAAUUAAAGU